CCCUAAUGGCAAUUUGUCUAAACCCAAAACCCACUUCCCCUUUCAGUCUUCUCCUCCUCCGCUGUAUCAAAAACACCACCUCUUCCUCUACUUCUAUGUAUCCUCGAUGACCCUUUGCAUCAAAAGAGCUUCAAAAUCUUUGGCCACCGUUGCCACUCUCUCUCUCACUUGCAAGGUACGUUUCCUCUUCCCUUUCUCCUUCUCUCUUCUCCACAUUUUCCCUUCCCCAACCCCCGCCACCGAAACCCAUUACAAAGACCUCAUCUUUAACACCAUUGAUGAAAAGCCCUGGGCUGUUUGUAACGCCAACUGGGUUUCCAAUCAGUUCCAUGCUAUUAUUUUCGACCCGCAUUUGUUUAUCAAAGUUUUUAACUUGAUGAGAGAAAGAGCCGGAAUUGCUUUGAGGUUUUUUAGGUGGGUUGAGAUGCAACCUGGUGUUAAAAGGUCUGAGCUUGUGUUUUCCGUCGUGCCCGGACGAAAACCGGUUACGACACUUGAUAUUUUGGUUGAGGAUAAUUUGAUGAGAUCAGCUUAUUGGGUCAUGGAAAGGGUCAUUACGUUUGGUAUGAAUAGUAUUUCCGAUGUGUUGAUUUGUGGAUACCUGAAAUUUGAGGUUUCAAUUAAGUUGAUUUAUUCCAAGAAAUUGAUGGUUGAUCAUUGUUUGUGGAUAUUUGGUAAGAUGGUUCGAAAGGGGUUGCGGCCGAAUGUGAAGAACUGUACUAGCGUUCUUGUUAUGCUUAGGGAUAAAUCUCUUGUAGCUAAGGCAAGCGAUGUGUAUUGGAUGAUGAAGGAACUUGGGAUUAGACCAACUAUCGUUACCUUUAAUACCAUGUUGGAUUCCCUUUGCAAGGAAGGGGACGUGCAAAAAGCGAUUGAGCUCUUAUCGGAAAUGCAGAUGGAACGGUGUUUUCCAAAUGAGGUGACAUAUAAUGUUUUAAUUAAUGGUUUAACAAAGAAUUAUAAAUUAGAGCAAGCCGAGGGACUUAUUAGGGAUAUGUUGAAAUUGGGGCUUAAAGUUUCUGCAUACACAUAUAAUCCUUUGAUUUGUGGGCAUUUUAAGAAAGGUUUGCUUGUUGAGGCCUUAAGCCUUAGGGAAGAGAUGGUAAACAGAGGAGUUGAUCAUACAGUGACAACAUAUAAUACAUUCAUGUAUGGCCUUUGCAGGUGGGGGAGAAUGGAUGAUGCCAGAUGGCAGUUCGAUGAUAUGCGGAAGCGGAAUAUGAUACCAGAUGCUGUUUCAUACAAUACUCUAAUAUAUGGGUAUUGUAAGAUAGGAAACAUUCAGGAGGCUUUUCUCUUGUUCGAUGAGUUAAGAUGCCGAGGCCUUGUUCCUACUGUUGUUACAUAUAAUACUCUCAUUGAUGGUCUAUGUAGAGUGGGGAACCUGGAACUUGCUCGGUAUCUAAAGGAUACCAUGAUCAGUAAAGGAAUUUCCCCCGACUUUUUUACGUAUACAAUUUUGGUAAAUGGAUCCUACAAGCUGAGCAAUCUAUCUACAGCAAGGGAUCUUUUCGUUGAAAUGUUGCAUAAUGGUUUGGAGCCUGAUCGUUUUGCAUAUACAACUCAAAUAAUAGAUGAGUUGAAGCUUGGUGAUCCUGCAAGAGCAUUUAGUAUCGAAGAACAAAUGGUAGCAAAGGAAUUACCUCCUGAUUUGAUCGGCUAUAAUGUUUUUGUACAUUGGCAUUCCAAAUUGCGUGAUCUCAAAGAAGCCCUUAAUUUGUUGCACAAAAUGAUUAGCAUCGGUCUUAAUCCAGAUCAUGUAACAUACAUUAAUCAUCAUUCAUGCUUACCUAGAAAGUGGACUCUGAAGAAAGCUAGAGAAAUGUUCCAUGGGAUGCUGAGCAAAGGCUUAUCCCCAUCAGUGGUCACUUACACUGUCGUAAUUCAUGGACAUGCAGCUAAGGGGAUUUUAGCAUUGGCAUUUAUGUAUUUCUCAGAGAUGCAGGAGAAAGGUGUUCUGCUAAAUGUUAUAACCUACAAUGCUAUGAUAAACGGCCUUUGCAAAGUAAGGAGAAUACGUCAGGCUUACAAAUUUUUUGCUGAGAUGGAAGCUAAAGGGAUACUUCCUAACAAGUAUAGCUACACCAUAUUAAUAAAUGAGAACUGCAACAUUGGGAAUUGGCAAGAGUCCUUGAGAUUGUACCAAGAAAUGCUAGACAGAAAAAUUCUGCCUGAUUCUUGUACACACAGUGCACUCUUGAAGCAACUUGACAAGGAUUGUAAUUUGCAUGCAGUUCGUCACCUAGAGAGUUUAAUUAUAGAAUGUACAGAAUCUUGCAGUUCUAAGACUUGAUAUAGCCUUUAAGAGAGUUUUGGAUUCCCCAUGUAGAUGGUGAGAUUGACACAUACUUGGCUUUGGAGAAUUGUCACAUUCAAUUUAAAGCAACUUCAAUCUAAAUACCAUUCGACGGUAGAUUAUGGAGCAGAGCUACAUCUUGUCGGUUGGCUGAGUAUACAUAUCUCCUUGUUAUCCUCUUAUUGGGAAUGAUUGGGACCAGUCUUUGGAUCUAAUAUUGCACACAAAGUCGACAACAGGUAUACAGAUGAAAUUUAGUACUAUAUCAAGUUGUUUCAAGUAAAAUC